CAGGCAACAGGUGACCCCUUAUUUUAUGUAGCAGAAUGAAUGCUUCCAGGAGAUGAAAUUUGUAGACAGACAAGAACAAGUGAAAUAGAAACAAAAGAAAUGUUCCAGGCAAGCAAAACACACCUUGAUGAACUCCAGCUAAAACGUCUGGAGGAGAUGUGCAUUGUCAUUGACAAGCAGGAUCAGAUCAUUGGAGCUGAAACCAAGAAGAACUGCCACCUGAUGGAAAACAUUGAGAAGGGCCUGCUACACCGAGGCUUCAGUGUCAUCCUCUUCAACACAAAAAACCAGCUCUUGGUCCAGCAGAGAGCCGAUGCCAAGUACACGUUUCCCGGACAUUUUACAGACUCCUGUUCUAGUCAUCCUUUAUACAUGCCGGAUGAGCUGGAAGAGAAAGAUGCUCUGGGAGUGAGGAGGGCAGCCCUGAGACGUCUGCAGACUGAGCUGGGCAUCCCCCAGGAGCAGAUUUCCAUAAAGGACAUAAUUUUUAUGAAUCGAAUAUACCACAAGAGUCCUUCUGAUGGCAUCUGGGGAGACCACGAGAUUGGCUAUCUUCUGUUGGUGAGGAAAGACCUCAUGCUGAACCCAGAUACCAGGGAAGUGAGAAGCUACCGCUACAUGAGCCAGGAGGAUGUGCAGGAGCUAUUGGACAGGGGAGCCCGUGGAGAAGAGAAGAUCACCCCAUGGUUCAGAACCAUCGUAGAAGGCUUCCUGCUCUCUUGGUGGCCUUAUUUAGAGGAUGUGUCUCCAUUCAUUGAGCCUGACAAGAUACAUGGGCUGUAA